AAUUAAUUUUUGAGGAUCUCUUCGCUACCACACCAUUACUUGUCCUUUCUGAACCUUGUCCAUAUCUGGAAUUUCAAGAUAAACCCACCCAAAUUACUGUCACCUUUGGAAAAUUAAUAAGAGCCAAGGAUACAAGAGAUCAAAUCGGCACUCUUGUUCAUACAUUUUAUCUUGAUGCAAUCUACUAUCUAUUUGAACCUUUUGGAAUAGAACAAAUUUAUCGAACAACCUACCUUAUACUUCUUAUGAUUAAUAAACUCAAGGCUGCCAAAUUUAAUCAACUUCUACAAAAACUUCCUGUGAAAUGGGCACUUUUUAGUAGGAAAGAAUUGUGA